AUGGGUUCAUGUGUAUCAGUUCACAAGGCCGCUGGGACGCCAGAGUCCGCCAUGAAAAUGGGUGUUUCCUUUGGAAGUUCCAAAGGGGACAAGCUCGAGAAGCUCGUCGUCCUCCCUGAAUCCCCUGUCAAGGAAAAGCUCGUCACUUCCGCCGUAACCGUCGAUGACCUUCCAAUCAAGCGCUUCCACAGCUACGGCAGUAAAGAGGAUGCAUUCUUUGAUUCCCAGCCUUGGUUGGAAUCUGAUGGUGAAGAUGAUUUCCACAGUGUCAGGGGUGAUUUCACCCCGUCUCGUGGGAGCACUCCAGUUCAUCACAGUUUUGCAAUAGGAACCCCUCAAAAGAACAAACCGGUGCUCGAGGUGACACCUCCUGAUCAUUCGAUACCCGAGCCAUCCCCUACAGGAAAGAAGAAGAAGAGACUUUCUGAACUUUUCCAAGACAGCAUGAGGGAGCGCAGCACAGAAGACAAUGUAUCCCCUCCCAAAUCUGCUGAGGACACACCAUAUGUCUCCGGUGUCAACUCUGUCUGCAGCAGCGAGAGGACUCCCAAUGGGAAAGCUCUAGUGGAAGAGAAAUGGUUUAACAAGUCGAUGCAAGGUUGCCUCCCAAGCUUGGUCUCCUGCCAUAGUUUUAGUUAUAGGAAGAAGAAGAUGAUGAGCCCCCCAGCAGCUGUGGCAGUAAAUGGUGUGGCUUAA